UUCUUUCCAACAGAGCCUCCCAUGGACCAUUCUGAUCUGGUUGCAGAAUUACUGAAAGAAUUAUCAAACCAUAAUGAAAGAGUUGAAGAAAGAAAAGCUGCCCUGUAUGAGCUCAUGAAAUUAACUCAAGAAGAGUCUUUCGGUGUUUGGGAUGAGCAUUUCAAAACAAUACUACUUCUGCUGCUUGAAACACUUGGAGACAAAGAGCAUGCAAUCAGAGCCUUGGCAUUGAAAGUUCUAAGGGAAAUUCUAAGAAAUCAGCCAGCAAGAUUUAAAAAUUACGCAGAGCUCACAAUCAUGAAGACAUUAGAAGCCCAUAAGGAUCCUCAUAAGGAGGUGGUGAGAUGCGCUGAAGAAGCUGCAUCCAUGCUGGCUACUUCCAUUAGCCCUGAUCAGUGCAUCAAAGUUCUUUGUCCAAUUAUCCAGACCGCAGAUUACCCCAUUAACCUGGCUGCAAUCAAAAUGCAGACAAAAGUCAUAGAGAGAGUAUCUAAAGAAACUCUUGCUCAGCUUUUGCCCGAGAUUGUGCCAGGUCUAAUACAGGGUUAUGAUAAUUCGGAGAGCAGUGUUCGUAAGGCGUGUGUUUUCUGCCUUGUAGCCAUUCAUGCAGUAAUUGGUGAUGAACUAAAACCACAUCUCAGUCAACUCACUGGCAGUAAAAUGAAAUUAUUGAACCUUUACAUUAAACGUGCACAAACAGGCUCUGGACCAGGGGAUGCAACAGCAGAUGUUUCUGGACAAAGCUAAUGAAGCUGACAAGAGUGAACCAGGUCUCCUAAAGAAAGGGCAAGGCCCUCCUCACUGCAAGGAAAAUUCUUACACACAAUUUUGAAACUCCUUUUUUGUUUUUGUUUUUUGAUUUUUGUUUUUUCUUUAACCAAUGGCUGUCCUCAGCCUGCAUGUGACUGCUGCAAUAGAGUUAUUCCAAAUCCAAGACAAAAACAGUAUUAACAUCAGUUGAUCAAAACAAAAUAAAAUUUAAAAAUAAUCUAAUCCAUUAGUUUUCCUGUUCGCAAUCCUCUGUGUCUUCCCAUUAACUUUUGCCAGUGUUACUGUAUUAAUUUUUUUUAAUGUUAAUUAAACAGGUAUGCUUUAAGCUUC